GGCUUUGUUAGCCGAGAGCUUUGAAUACAGAAUAUUGAUAAUAUGAGUGCGAUCAGUGCUUUUUGUCUCGAAUGAAUGUGUUACAUUGAGGCUGUGCGAGUAUAUUUAUGGGAUAGCUUCUACCCCUUCCCCAAGAAUAGCAACCGAAUACCUAUUUCCUCUCCACGUGCCACUUUCUUCUCUUGACUAAUUCAUGGACUCCUUCAUGCUUAUCUUUAUCAGUCAAACCAUACUGAAGAGUCUCGAACUUCCUUUGGGCUACCUGGAUCAAUUUAUCUUGUCACAAUUAUUGGCCCAUUUGUAGGGGUACUUUCUUGGUCUAACAUUUGCCCCCAUUCAUGAUGUUGGCGGGUUGGAACGCGUGUAAUACGCCAUCAUUAUGAAUUUAAAAUAGAGUAGGACACUCAACCGGCUUCCCACUGCCCGAGGAAUUGCUUCGUCUCUAUCAAACCGAUUAAACCUCCCCUUUACCUCUUCCGAUUGUCACUCUCGAAAACCUUCCCCCUGCUGUUUGUUCGAAUAGCUAAUUGUUACUUCAUGGAGCUUGUUGUUUUUCAAAGCCAGGGUGUCUUUGAGACGAAAAAUCUCAGGGCGGCAGAUCUGCGCUCAAAAGACUUGGAGGAGAUCCGGUCUUCCUAUGGAUUCCCCCCUUCUGCACAAAUACGAUUCCCCGCUCGUGGUGAACGGGUUGAUUGGGUCUCUCCGGGAUGGCUCAACUUCUAUCAAUACCCGUUCGAAAAGCUCGGAGUCCGCUUCCCUUUCUCCGAAUUGGUAAAGGGUUUUAUUGCCCGUGCUCAAAUCUCUCCCUGCCAAAUUAUGCCCCAAGCUUGGCGGCUUCUCCGUUCUCUGGAGUAUCUGAUUGAGAAGCAUAACCUUCAGUAUUCCGCGGAAGAUUUGAGUUUUACAUACGACUUAAGAACUUCUGGAAGAGGACGGUUCACUUUAGUGACAAAAGCUGGUGCUGACCCUAUCAUUCUGGGAAUCAACAGUGCCAAUGACCGAGGUUGGAUUACCAAGUUCUUUUUUGUAGAGAAGGCGUCCUUAGGAGAACAUGCGCAGUCUUUUCCUGACCGUUUGAGGGUUGUUGGUGAACUCGUGGGUGAAGUGAAAGCGAAAGGAAAGGAAGCAAAGGCUGGGGAGAAGGAAGGGAAGACGAUCCCUAUGGAGUUUGGUCCCCACUCUGAGGAGAGGACCAUUGCAUUUUUGGCAUUGUCUCCCGAAGCUCGUCUUUACUCGAAUCUUAAAAAGGAAUUCAGAGAUGCCUCAGCUGUAUCAAUUGAUAGCACUGACAACGGCGAAGACGACACGGCAAGUGUUACUGACGACGUUCUCACCCUGCCUGUUGUAAUUGAAUGUGCCUCGUCUGUACGUAAUGCCCCCAACCUUAAUCCUCUGAAAUCUGCUGUUGGUACUUCAUCCUCAUCAGGGAUUCGCAAGGCUCUUGAUCCUACUGAACUCCUGCAUCUGAAGUCCAAGAAGAGAAGGUUGACGCCUCCGCUUCCCCCAGUGACUACUUCUACUGCUACGACAACUUGUUCGCUUCCUGCUCCGACUCCAAGCUCGAAUGAUGGUGCACAAAAGACGACUCUCAAAGCUGAUUUUUCUGUCAACUUUUGCCGUCUGGACAACGCUUUAACAAUGAAAAACGAAAUGUCUCAGCUAUUGCUUCCUUCCGCAUUUGAUGCUUUUGCGGGCUUCAGCGACGUCGAUGUUAUGACAGCAUCAUCCGCAUUCGCUUUUCAGGUGGUUCAAGCUAACCUGGUGGCUGCUAAGCGUGUCCUACUGCUGACUGACGAACUGCAAAAAUCCAAACGAAGCGAAGAAGAAGCGAAGACAAAAUUGACCGAAGUUGCUGCUGCCAAACUAUCCUUGGAAGGGACAGUCGUUUCUCAUGCUCGCAAGAUUGAUCAUUUAUCCAGCGUGUUGACAGUUAAGGAUGCUAGGAUUGCUUCCUUAGAAGAGUACGGCAGAAGGAAAAGGCAGGAGGUUGUUGAGGCGGCUGGGUAUUAUACAUGGAAAACAAGAAAGGAUCUCAUGACGUCGUUCCUAGCUGGUGAAUCAGGCAGUUGGAGGCCUCAGGAAGAUAUAGCUACUUGGGAGGCCAACUUUGCGGAUGAAGAACCCCCUGUUGGAGAUGAUGACUUUGAUUUAGGCUCUUGCAAUACUGAAGCUGAAUCGGCUCCUAAAUCUUGAUCUCAUUAUGUUUCCCCUGAAUACUUCCUUUGCCUUUUAUACUCCUGUCCAUAUCGCCCGGUGGUUUAUCCGGUGGUUCGAUGGUAUUUUGAUUAAGGGUAGGUGGCUGGUGGUUUAUCCAGCACUUGACCCAAACUGUUCUAACUUUGUUUGAGUUACGUAGGCGAAUGUUCUGUUAUGCUUUGAUGUCAUACGAUCGUCGAACUUGUUAUUUGAUGUUUUCUCCUUUAUAUUUUGUUUGACC